GGAGGAAGCCGGAGAGCAGGUUAUGUGGGGGCCGGCGGGGGCAUUUGCCAGCGACACCGCGCGCGAGCCGGAAGUGCGGGAGCCCCGGGCUAGACGGUGGCGACGGCGGCCCCUCGGCGGGAGGAGGACGAUGAGGAGCGGCGGGGGCGGCGCGGGGCCUCGCUGCUGCGCGGAGCCGGGUUCCGAGCCCGCGGCCGACUGCGCAGUCCGCCCGCGAGCCUGAGAUACCUACGUGGAGCUACCAUGGAAAAAUCCUGGAUGCUGUGGAACUUUAUUGAAAGAUGGCUACUAGCCUUGGCAUCCUGGUCUUGGGCUCUCUGCCGCAUCUCGCUUUUGCCUUUGAUAGUGACUUUUCAUCUGUACGGAGGCAUCACCUUACUUCUGCUAAUAUUCGUGUCCAUCGCAGGUAUCUUGUAUAAAUCCCAGGAUGUCUUGCUCUACUUUCCAGAACAGCCGUCCUCCUCCCGCCUCUAUGUUCCCAUGCCCACGGGGAUUCCACAUGAGAAUAUUUUCAUCAGAACCAAAGAUGGAGUGCGCCUGAAUCUGAUCUUGGUGAGAUACACUGGAGACAAUUCCCCCUACUCCCCAACUAUAAUUUAUUUUCAUGGGAACGCGGGCAACAUAGGCCACAGAUUACCAAAUGCACUGCUUAUGCUGGUGAACCUCAAAGUGAAUCUCGUGCUGGUCGACUAUCGGGGGUAUGGGAAGAGCGAAGGAGAAGCCAGCGAAGAAGGACUGUAUUUGGAUUCUGAAGCUGUGCUAGACUAUGUGAUGACUAGACCUGACCUCGAUAAAACAAAGGUUUUCCUUUUUGGCCGCUCCCUGGGAGGAGCGGUGGCCGUUCACUUGGCUUCUGAGAAUUCUCACAGGAUUUCAGCCAUCAUGGUGGAGAACACAUUCCUGAGCAUCCCACACAUGGCCAGCACACUAUUUUCCUUCUUCCCAAUGCGGUAUCUUCCUCUAUGGUGCUAUAAAAAUAAGUUUCUGUCCUACAGGAAGAUCUCCCAGUGCAGGAUGCCUUCUCUCUUCAUCUCUGGCCUCUCUGACCAGUUGAUUCCGCCCGUGAUGAUGAAGCAGCUCUACGAGCUGUCCCCAUCCCGGACUAAGAGACUAGCCAUUUUCCCAGACGGGACACACAACGACACAUGGCAGUGCCAAGGCUACUUCACUGCGCUCGAACAGUUCAUCAAGGAAGUGAUCAAGAGCCACUCUCCCGAGGAGAUGACGAAAACAUCAUCCAACGUCACCAUCAUCUAAUGCCACCCUCUUGAUGGAUGCCCUGCGUUUUGGCUUGUGUAGAGUGACGUCCUCUCUGGGUUUGUGUUCACGGGGUCUGCACAGUGGCUGAGCGUUGACGGGCCUCAGCACUCCGUCCUGAUGAUCCUCUAACUCUCCGUGUUUUCAGAACUGGUCUUCUUGAGAUUCUUUCAUAGUCCCACCAGAACUUCUAGCCUGGUUAACACCCCUGUCUUUAGUUUAAGAUGCCGGUGUGCUAGAGCUCAUCCAAAAGUUUCCUGUUGGUUAAGUGGUAAAAUCUAUGUUGUAAUCAGAUGGAGACGCAAACAAGAAACCUUCAGGUGUCAUCCCUUUAGUAAAUAUUGGGACAAUCACGGUAAGCAAGCCCAGUGCUACUGCGUUGUCACCUUAAACAUUAAGAUGAAGUGCAUGGUGGUGUUUUAUUCUUGACUUAUGCAAUGCGAUAUUUUUAAUGUAAAUAACUCUGGUCACAUGCCAAUGUAUAUGGUUUCCUGGGUUAUAUCUAUUUUUAUGUAAACUCUAUUUUGUUUGUGGUGAGGAAUGAGUGUGAGGCCUGUGAGCAGAUUCUAUGCUCUGCUGCUGAGAUCCGGCUUUUUCCUAAUAAUAAACAGGACCAUUUUCCAAUGUAGAUGUACUGUGUUUCUGUUAGGUACUGUCUGCAUCAUGGCUCGUGGGCUAGGAAGUUAGCAUUUUACUGUAGCUUUCUUUGCACAUUGAACUUUGUAACAUUUGUGAUUUUUAGUUAAACAGAAUUUUAGCCUCUGCCAGUUUAUGAAUCUCUAGCUAAAACAGUAACAGCCGCAGCAAGGGCUAGAACUAGCCGAUAGUUGAGGUAGACUGUCUCAACCAAUGUGUGCGGAUGUGCCUGACCUGACAGAGACGAGCAUCAUUUAUUGUACUUUCUGCAAGUCAAUUACAUCAUGAAAGAAAACCACAAAAGCAAAUAACCAAGUAUAACUUAAUAUCUCAGUCUGUGUAACGGGGCUCUAUACAAAGUGACAGUCUAGACAGUCUCAGUUUCCCCAGCUGGGUCUGAAGAGCCCCAAAGCUUUGGCCAGCCUGUCACACAGGUAGCAUUGAGGAGUUGUGGGCGGGAGGUUGUGCUUGACCAAGUAGCAAGCCUCUGAGGACUGCAAACAUGUGCUAGCAUGCAGCCAUGGGGCGGGGCCUGCCGAGUCCUUCCCCACAGUCCUCACCAGAUAGAAAUGCUUGAGCCCUGCACAGUAGGUCAGCUCCGACACGACUGCAGAUCACUUAGCUAUAGUUAUUGACCUUCCACAAGCAGCUAGAGCAGAGUAAUAAUCAGUCAAUCUUGACCUUAAUUUAAAACUUUCCAUGAACAUAGGGCUAGAAAUACUUUUGCCAAGUAGCAUUCUUAGCCUUCAUUUUAUGCCAAUGUUUAGAAAAUAAUAAUGUAUAGCAAAUAUAAUUUCUAAAGAAUAAUGAUUUUCUAUAAAUUAUUAAUUGUAAAGAGUCUUGUUUUUUAAAGAGUUGGUACUCAUCAUGGAGGGUGUAUUUUGUAUGUGAAAAUUCACUACACAAUUAAAGGCUGCUUUUCAUCCUGUCAGUCUUUGCUAUGUAGAAUGACUGUCCCGAAUGCUCAUCUACUGGAAGGACCAAAAGAGUAACAGGCGGAAUGUAGUUUCUGCAGAAACCAGCUCUCAUGCAUACUUGGUCACUUCUGACACUUACAGAGUGCUGCAUCUGUGGUUGUACAUGUUCUCCUGAUGAAAUAGGACAGCAACCCCUCUGCUUCCCGUUCCCCUUCCCCUUCCCGGCUGUUUUCCCUGCUGCUCCUUCUGUUCAGAUUCGCAGGCUGGGACUUGAGGGGUGGAAGAUCAUUCUACCACACCUACCGCCUUUGCUCUACUCGAGGAACCGUCUCUUAGGCAGCAAAGACAGCUGUGUUUAGAGUUGUAGGGCAUCUCCUGUUACCAGCUUUGUGUUUGAUGCAGUUCCUUUGAUGAGUAGGGAUAGAAAACAAACCCAUACAUUCAUGGGCCGUGACACCCCAGCAUCAGUUUUAAAGCUUUCUCACUUGGCCUCAGUGAACCAUGACUACACCUGAGUCAGUCAUCACUGGGGGGGGGUGGUCAUGGUCUUUCUGUCGAUUUCUAGAAUUGUUCAAUAGCAGUGAGAGAAGUGGAUAAAGAAUCUUAAGAAUCUUAAAUUAUUCAGCUACUAUGAAUUUAUAAACACUAAAAUUAUCCUAAGCAUGACAAAUCGGUUUACUUGGAAAAAAAAUCUAAAAUUCCUUGUUUUAAAGAAUAAUAGAGAAAACCAGUUUUUUUUUUCUUUUUUUCUUUUUUUAAAGAGGAUCCUACAGAGAAUACUGCAAGCUAAGGAAAGAAAGUAUUUGUUACAGACAAAAGGGUGUCACUUGACAGUAGUUGGUGACUCUGCUCUUAAGCAAAGAGGCAGGGAUACUUAAUUGCUGAGAUGAAUAGAGAGAACUGUAGAAUGCCAUUUUCAAUCAAAGUCCUAAUACAACAUGGCCCUGUGCCUGACGUAACUAAGUGUUUUACAACAUUUAUUUGACCAUGAUGACACCCAUUAAAUGCUGCAAUAAAAUGGGUCAAUCACACAACAAGCUUAAAUCACAGGUGUGCUACAGACACUUGAAAUGAGACAGGUCAUGGCUCUGCUGACAUCACAGGUGAUGGCAUGUGUGUAGCUGAGGGUUCCUGCCUGCUUGGUUUGAGUGGGAACAGGUCUGGUAGAGAUGAUUAAAUAGUAUGUAAACUAUCGUGGAAGCUGCUCUUCGUAGUGGUUUGUGUUAACGUGUCUUCCCUCCUUAGGAUCAGGAGUUAGUAAGGCGAUCCAUUGAAAGAGGUCACCUUUUCAUCUAGGCCAGUGGUUCCCAACCGUGGGUCGCAACCCCUUUGGAUCGAAUGACGCUUUCAGAGGGGUCGCCUAAAACCAUCAGAAGACACUGAUAAUUAUAUUAUGAUUCGUAACAGUAGCAAAUUACAGUUACGAAGUAACCACGAAAAUAAUAUGGUUGAGGAUCACCACAACAUGAGGGACUGUGUUAAAGGGUCACAGCGUUAGGAAGGUUGAAAACCACGAAUCGAGGCCAUCAUUGCCAUAUUUGAGUCCUUUGGUCAUCCCCUGAGCUUUUUUCCCAUCAUGUUUGAUAAUUAUAUAUUUUUUAAAAACUGAAAGGAAAAGAAUUAGUCGUAAGUACCUCCUUUGGAUAGUUGACUUGAGCUUUGGUAUCUUCAUGUGACUCAGGUAGAGUUGGAGUUGACAGUUGGAGCACUUGCUCAGCUUGCUGGAUAGGAAACGCAAGGCUCUUGGUGUUCCCACCGCACAUGCACCUCCUCUCCCCAAUCAGAAGCACUGCUCGCUCGCGUGGCAGAGCCCGUCAGUCAUCCUAUGCCAGUCAGCGUUGGCCAAGGGCACAGAUAUACCUCCAUUUAUAUUUUGUAUUAAAAAGUAUAGAUUAAAGACAGGACUGUAUAACCCAUACUUUUUGACAUAAAGUGCAAUAUAUACGUAUAUCAUGGGUGUGUGUGCAGCAUAAUUUAUAACAGUUUCUGUCAGUACAGCGUAUGCUGAAGUGUCAGCUUCCAUAGCGAGGUGCAUUCAGUAUGAAGUAAGUUAGUCCAGUUUCAUAAUCUGAGCCAUAAUUUUGUUAUUGCCAUAUUUCCUUUGAAAUAGUAAUAAAGUUUUAUAGCUCACAUUUGAAUGUCCUCAUACCUGUGCACUAACCAUGGCAAGGAAAGUGAGUUGUAUUUUUUAAUUUGGUUUUGUUUUUUGUUUUUACAUUUAAGGUAUACUUUUUAUUUUUCUGUACUGACAUGCAAUAAAUUGAUACAUGAACAAUUUGAUUAAUGUUAGAUAGUUUGUAUUCAGUCUUUUUAAAAAUUCUAUUCAUGUAUUGUAGAACAUUAAGGUAACUAAUUGUUCAAUAAACCUGUUUCA